AUGCAAAAUCUGCUUAUAAAGAAAAAUGAAUGGACUGGAGAAAUGCCGCAUCUGUUGCUGCUCCAUUGACUACAAUGAGGAGGCAUACAACUUGCUGCAACUGCCCGAAGUGGCCGAAAUGUUCACCGCCUGCACAGAUUUGUUGGUGGAUCCGCGGGAGGAUGACUUGUUGCCCAGCAAGCUGUGCUGUGUCUGCUGCGAGGAGCUGCAGAGGUGCCAUACGUUCCGUAAACUCUGCAUAGAGGCGGACACCAACUGGCGCUUGCAGAAAGGGGACUCGGCGAAUACAAUUAUGGAAUCAGACGACAUGUCGCUCUCCACAUCGGAGCUCACGAGUAGCCCUUCCCCACCCAUUGAAGACAUCGAGGUGGUGCUGGUCGAUGAACAAAUCCGAGGGGAAAAACCACGCCAAAUAUUAAAGAACGAAACUAAGGAGAAAGCAAAGAAAAAGGCAAAAAAGAGGACGAAGGUAAAGGCAAAAAAGGUGCCCCCAAAGGAAAAGCCGGUUUUGGCCUUCAAGUGCGAGAUCUGCUCGAAAGGGUUUGUCGAUGAGAGUCGCCUGCAAGCGCACAUGCGAGUACACGAUGGUCGCCUGCUCUUUCCCUGCACAGAGCCUGGCUGUGACAAGAGCUUCGGUGCAUGGCUGGCCCUUAGGGUACAUCUGCGGGGGCACGACGGCUCGGGCACGUGGUACACGUGCGACCAGGAGAGCUGCAGCAGGAGCUACCUCUCCAAAUACAACCUGGCGCUCCACAAACGCAAAGUCCAUGGCAUAGGCAAGAAACUCAAAUUGCAUGUGUGUGAGUUCUGCGGCAAAGUCAUGAAAAGUGCGAAAGACCUCGAAAUCCAUCUGUACACACACAAGGACAAGAUGGAGAGGCAAUAUGCCUGCGAGGAGCCAGGCUGCUCUCAACGUUUCCACAGUAAGGCGAUACUCGAGGAACACGUGUUGCGGCACAAGGGCAUCAAGAACUUCUCGUGUCCCCACUGUGGCCUCAAGAAGACAACAAAGCGCGGGCUGAAGGUUCACAUUAAUAUUCACACGAAGGAGCGUACCUUUCCCUGCCCGCACUGCCCAAAGGUGUUGACGAGCACCGGCACAAGGAAGAUGCACAUAAGCGCAAUUCACGAACAGGCCAAGAACUAUGCCUGCAGCAAAUGUGACAAGAGAUUCGCCAGGCCGAACACGCGGAAUUAUCACGAGUUGACGCACUUGGGCGAGCGGACAUGCAAGUGUGAAGUGUGCGGGAAGGGUUUCAACCAGCCUUCGAGCCUGUCCCAGCACCGAAAGGUCCAUAAAAAGGAUCAGGCUCAGUCGCCUCUUGGUAAAGAUAUGGAACUCUGAUUGGAAGGAGGCUACCCAGCCAUCGGUUUCAUAGGUUUAUUUUUUCAGAGAGAUAUUUAUAGUUCGCUUAAGUCACGUUUAAAUAUUAUGUGUAUUACAACAGGUGUUUGAUUUGAAAAAUUCGCCAAAUAAAUCACUGCAAACACGUUUUGCAGCACGACAGAAGCAGUA